AUGGCCAGGCUUGCACUUUCCGCGAGCGCGCUCCGAGGCUCUGCGCCCAUCUCGGCCUCGGAUGUGGAAUUUUCUGCCUAUCCAUUCCUUGACCUUCGUUCGCUGUCCUGUUUGGACAAAUGGGAUAUUUCAUACUUAGCGUCGAAAGGGUGUUUUACGUUACCCACACGACCGAUUCUGGACGAGUUUGUGAAAAAGUACUUCUUACAUAUCCAUCCAGGUACCCCAGUACUAGAUGAGGCAGAGUUCUGGCAGUUGUAUUCACAGCAUGGGGAUAGCGCAGCAUCACAUGGCCGGAGGAUCUCUGUCCUGAUUUUACAGGCAAUGUUAUUUCGAAGCUGUCCGGUACGCCGAUUUCUGCUACUAGACCUCAAGGCCGAAGACCAACCUUUGGAGAGGGCACAGGGAGCAUUGUUGCUUUCUUACCAAGCCUCCCCAGAUGAUCCUCAAAUUGGUAGUUUGUUUCUAGCCAAUGCGAUACAGAAUGCCAUCAUCCUAGGAAAGCCACCGAAGCCAUCCAUCAGUGUGAAGAGAUCAACCAUCAAACGGUUAUGGUGGUCAAUCCUGCUGCGUGACCGAUGGAUUUCCUUGGCCCUUCGCCGACGCAGCCAACUCACAAUGAAGGACUUUGAUGCAGAGAACAGCCCAUUAGAGGAGGCAGACUUCGCUGAGGAGAUUCAAGAAUCUAAAGUAUAUGACUUACACACCAAGCGCAUCAUUUUGGCAGCUCUACAGCAGCAAUGCCGUCUAGCGAUCCUGAUUACAGACAUGGUUUCCCUGGUAUUCUCAUCGUAUGAAGGUUCUUCAAGGGGCCUGCCCUCAAAGGAGUUCCCGGCAUGCAUGGCCAAAGUUCUGAAGACAAGAAAUAAGUUACGUCAAUGGGAGACAGAGUCGCGAGACGCUCUGUCGAUCACGCCUUCUAGCGUGCCUCACUCCGUGACGUCUUUCAUUAAGAUGACAUAUGUGUAUUCUUAUACCGCUCAUAUCCAUCUAGCGCACUAUGAAGCCCUUCUUCUUGAAGCCAAUUUGAUGUUUGUCGGACACUCGUACACCAUGCAGCUCCGGGAGACUGGGGGCCACCUGCAGGAGGCCAUUAAUGGGUUGCACAAUGUAUUAAAAUAUUUCAGCUAUACCAAGGAUAUUGAAGCUAUUCCGCUUUGCAUACUGGCAUUCGUUGGAUGGCCGAUAGUCGUGGCCGCAAUUGAUGCAGGCCUUGCACGGAAUGACGCCGAAGCCCUGCAACGGCAGCGAGAGCUAAACACUCUAGGGGCCAUUUACAAUGUCCUUAUAGAACUCUAUGAUGUAACAAAGUUUGUUGCGGUGGGGACCAAGGAGAUCCUCCACCUGGUUACGAAGAUGUCGGAAGGGCUGGGUACCCGACGACGCCAACCUGGGCAGACAUCUGGAUUCCAGGAUCCGUACCAACAAGGCCGAGCAUAUUCAAAUGCAACAUUGAAGGCCUUUGAGGAUAAGUACGCCUCUGGGUGGUUUGAUCUGUUUGUCCACUAUCCCCGUAUAUACCUCCUUAUUUCGACCUCUACCGACUACUCCCUUUGCUCCGGCCGACUACCGCAUGAGAACGCUCUACCGGAGGUCCUGCGAUCAGUGGCCUCCGGAUCCUUAGGCUUCCAACUCCCAUGGGUGGCUACAGUGCCCUUGGACGAGACUGAGCGGAAGGCGCCAGAGCCGAGGGUGAGGCAUCCAGAAUAUAACGAUGUGGACAGCAUAGGUCCUAGAACACAGCCAAGCCCGAGGACUACUAUCGAGUCUGGGCGACAAAUGCACGCCAGAAAGCAUGUGCCUGAGCGCUUGUCUCCACCCUAUAAAGGGGCUGAAAAUGCCCCAGAGAUCACUGAAAAUAGAGAGGUAUCUGCCAUCAGAUUCGAAUUCCUCCAGUCAAUGCCAUCUAUUGACCCAGCGUUCUGCCUGCCCGUAAUGGAGGAUGUGGUGUAUCCUAUACCCUGGCAAAGCCCUCUAAACGCGUCGGGGAUGGCCUUUCCGGUAGGGACAGAGAGGGUGGGCUUGCAGGAACAAACUGGCUUCAGAGAUAGCCACGCUGUCCUAAACGGGUGGAAAAUCUGA